AUGGGUCGGGCGAGCUCUGGAUCAGAGGAAAAGUUGGGUUUUUGGGCUGUUCCGAAGGGUGCCUCUGUUAAAGUUAAGAAGGAGAAAGGUGUUGAAAGCUCUGGAGAAAAGCAGCCACAGGGUCGUGGCGAAAAGUUGAGACCUUUUAGAUUUGAGAAUAUGAGGGGGGAGGAUGAGGAGGAAGAGGAGAAAGAGAUAAAUGGAGAUGAUAAAAAUAUGAAUGAAGAUGAGGAUGAGGACGAUGAAAAUUAUAAGGAAACUAGCAAUGCUGAGUUUGAGGACAGUGAGACAACGAGUGCUAGUGGAGGUGAUAGCUUGGUGUUUUCACUGAAGAAAAGGAAGUUCUCUGGGACUGAAACCUUGGUGUCUAUCAGUGAGGAGAAGAGUGGAAGUGAAGAGGCAUUAAGCAGUGGGAGCCUUGAAAACCCUCAGCAGAAACACAAACGGUCACGGUUUUGCUCAGAGAAGUUCGGCCGGAAGAAGAAGGAGAAGCAUGGGACUGUUAAAGAUGCCAAUGUUAUUGAUGUGAAGGACGCAGAGUUCAGAAAAAGAGGAAGAGGACAAUGA